AUGGCGGAUGAAAAAAUCAGCGCAGAUUCCAAAAUACUGCCAAUUUUACACAGGGAACUCAAGGAUGAUAUUAAAAAGAAGGCAAAGAAGAAAGGCUGGGAUGAAAACGAAACAGAUGAUUUUAUAAGUGGAUUAUUAAAGGUAUAGAUUUUGAAAGAUCACUGGGUGGAGUGGGUGGUGACUACAUAUUAAAGUUUAUAUGAUUUUUAAUAAUAUAUGAUAUAUCGAAUGCAAAUUUUUCUGCAGCUUUAUAAGGAAACAGUCGAGCUGGCACUUAGAGAAAAUGUUGCUGUCAAUCAAGGACAAACUCCUACCUCAACUGGCAAAGUCAAACAAGGUAUGUAACUAGUAUUGGUGAUAUAUUUUAUAUUUAUAUAAAACAUUCCUCAGCAGCUUCGAAUUAAAUGGAUCUACAAUAUUUGAUAACUGAUUAAAUUAUUUAGAAAUGGAACCAUUGGACAAAGGAAGAGCGAAAGAAGUCAACGACAUGUGUGCAAAAUCUGAAGAGCUUCUUACGUGUACGAUAAAGAAACGAAAAGCUUAUCCACAGAAGAUCAAAGAAAGUCUUCGUACGAAAUAUGAUGCUGAAUUGAUGAAUUUGGUAUGGUAGGACUGAAGGACAAACAGUCCCAGAUGAAAACAUUGUCUAUUCUCAUGUGAAACUUUAAUUUUUGUAACAAGUAUUGGAAUGUUGCAAUUAGCAGAUUAGCUCAGCCAAUCAGCAUGAUGCUAGUUGAACAUAAUUGGCUGAGCUGAUUGAAACCUUCAUAUGCUUUUGACAAACAUAAAGUUUCAUCAUGUUUUGCUUGCUACUCUGGUUUAAAUAAAUGAUUACAAAGCCCAGUUGAAUUGUAAUCAAGACCCAACGUUUCAACACUCCAGUCUGGUGUCUUCAUCAGGGGUGAUCUGAAAUUUCAAUUGUGGCUAUUUAAACCAGAGUAGCGAGCGAAACAUGAUUGAUAUACCUGGUUGCGGUGAACGAACAAACUUUAAAUAAAGUUUCAUGUUAGUAAAAAGGCAUUUUUUAUCAAAUUAUGACUGUUCAUCUUUAGAUCCAAACAUUAAACUUCAACACUUGAUAAUUGUUCUAUUGGCUUCUUCAAUAUUAAUUUUGAUAUUUGGCUUAUAAUUCUCAACAGCAAAAGCUUAAAGAUAAGGUUAGAGAAGAAGAGAAUGAUGCUGCAAACUCUGACCCUGAAGCAAAAUUUGACAUGACCGGUAGAUAUUACAAAAAUACUGUUUUUAUUGUCCUUUAAUAGUAACUAUUUCUCAUGUUGAUAUUGUUUUAUAAUGUAUUACUAAUAAUUUUUUAAUGUUUAGAAUGUGACAGUAGCUGGCCAAGGUUAAAGCCUGCUUGUGAAGACCACACUCAAUUUUCCAAGGUAUGCAUUACAAAUUAUUUUUUCUAUUUGUUCUAAUUAGACUUCAUUUGGUAUUUCUGUUAUAUAUGUAAUUUAAAAUUAUACACAAUUAAUACUUGUGCAAUAUGUUAGAAAUAUAAAAUAUUUUUAUUUUUAUUCUAGUUGCUUUCAGAGCAGAAAGAAAAGUUCCAACGAUUCAACGCUGUUGCGAAAAUGAAGUUAAAAAUGCAAGACAAUGAAUUGCACAGAACACUUUUUAGCAAGAGAAAACUUCCAAGUUCGUUCGAUUCAAUGCUUGCAACACCAAGCAAGGAAUUGAAGCUAGAUGAGACUGUAAUUGACUCGAUACAUUUGGACACAUUUGAGAACAACACAUUGUCAGUGGCAUGGAGUAAGGAGCAAAAUGGAAGACUAAAAUCGCUGGAAGGUUGCGAAAGAAAAAAAUCACCAGAUAAAAUCUUAGAGGUUUAGAUUAUUGGAUUUAGGGAAUUAUUUAAUUUAAUAGACAAUGGUAAACUUUUUAACAUAUACAGAUGUAUGUUUCUAACAUGUAGAUAUAAAUUAUAUGUAUACACUAUCUUAGACAGUACAGCAACUGUAUGUAAAAGCUGAUAAAAACAUAAUAUAAGUUAUAUACAACCUCUUAUUUAUGAUAUCUAUGUCAUGUAUCUAACAUUUUUAGCAUAUUUUUUGUAAAUAAUCGCAAAUAAAUGGUAAUAAAAUAGUUUGAAGAUUAUAUCUCAAAGCUUAAAGUAUCCUCAAUCCAGUCCAGUUUUGAGACCAGUGUGGGGACAUAAUAACAUGAAGUACCAACCUUUCAACUAUAUUUAAUUAAAAAGUUCAAAAUUUUGCACGUGCUAAAUAUUUCAUCAAAAUUUAACCUAAAAACGAGUCAAAGAUAGAGUGAACAUUGUGUAAAUAGACAAAUAUAUUGUGAAAUAUGUCGAGUAAUUGUUCUGGGUUGUCGGAAGUUGUAAAAAGGUUGUAUGAGUUGCAGUGUUGUGCACGGUGUGUGCUCAGAUACGUAGGUGUACAAGAUGGAGCUGUGUUGUUUGCUAAACCUUAUCAAGUAUGUCUACUUUUUAGUGUUCUAGAUCACAGAAUAAUAAAAAUUGUUUUCCAUAUUAAAUAGCCUAAUAUUUAAGACUAUAAGCGUUGUCAGUCUGGGUAAAAUCAGAGCAUGGGAUUCCCACCAACUACAUUUUUCACAGUUUAUACAACAGGGUGCAAUCAUUUAUGUACUUGGGUAUGAGGUGAUAACCAUUAGAGUACCAGUAGUCCAGUAUGGUACAACUAAAUGCCCAUUUACAUGAUACAACUAGCCGUAUACGAUUGUCAUUCUGGCAUAUGAAAACAACAGCUCACGCCACUAUUCCUGUUCAGAGCACUUGUGGCAAAAUUUGAAAUGUGGCAUCUUUACAUUGUAUCAUGUACAUGGGGCCUUAAAAAUUCUUAAUUAUUGCACCCUGUACAAUAUAUUUUCACAUCUUUUAGGGAAUUGUGAAUCGUGUGCUGCACGAGUAUGGUUACUCACCAAGCAUAGGAAGUCAGCCAAAUCCUGGUGAUGUCAUUUGUGUUACAUGUCUUGGGCUACUACAACCACAUUCUAAGUCUACUUUGGUCAAACAGGUUAUUAUAUAUUAACAUAUUACUACAGAUUUCAUAUAAAACCCUCGCAAACUCUCAUUGACUCUAAUGCACUCCCAUCAACUUUGAAUUGGUUCAACUUUUGAUGAGAGCUUUGGCAAUGCCUGUUGUAAUAUCCAGUAAACUCUCAUCAACUUUCAUGCAACUCUUGCUCUUGUUUGACCACAGCAUGAGAGUUGAGAGGAACUCUCGUGCAAACUCUCCCUUCUUCUCAACUCUCGUCCUCGACUAGGGCUAAGGGCUUAAUUGUGGUACAUGUAAAGAUACUAGUCUGUCUUGUCAAUACUCUUCCCACAGAUUUGUUUUUAUUCUACAGUCACUCAGCACUGUGUAGCGUCAGCUUUUGUUUUGGUAAUUUCUGUUAUGAAGUGAUUAUGUUUUCAUCAAAAUGUCAAAUAAACAUUGGGAAACAUUAAUGUUUUAAUUUUGAUGUUUUUACCACAGAUUUGUGAUGUUGUCAAGUCAUCAGAACAUGAAUACUUCAAUUUUACAACAUCAGUCUAUUUCCCUCUUGUGCUAACCUUCCGUCAUGUAAGUAACAAAGCAGGCAAUUAUCUAGUGUCCUAUAGACAGCCACUUUGGCAACAUUACAGUUUAGAAGACCAGUUUUCAAUCACAGUUAAAUAGCAACUUGCAAACUUUUACUAUUAUAUUUCUAAAAUUUUUGAGAUGCUGAUUUAUGAGUUUACAUAGCUAUAUAGUAAUAUAUAUAUAUUUCAAUAGUUUUGAUAUAUACAUUUCAAAAGUUGUUGUAAUAUGAGUAUCUGGCAAUCAUAUUUUUGGCCAUGCCAUUGUGUUUUUGAAUGGCUAGGUUUGAUGGUCACCAAAAGCCUGAAUGAAAGCCCUAAACUAGUCCAUAAUGAAUACAUGUACGCAAUGCGUACCUGUUUUUAACUAUUCAGGGGAAAUUUUGCUGUUAAUAAAUUAGUAAACAAUUUAGAAAAAAAUUCAAAAUUGUUGUUGACAAAAUUGUACAUUUUACAUGUACGCAUUGUGUACCUAUUUUUAUAGAAUUUUGGAAAAUUCUCAUCUUUAUUAAAUUCUACAAUGUCAAUCAUCCUUUCUCUUUAUUUUGUUUAGCACUCCAUGUGGUUGUAUCUUCAAGAAAAUUUCAGGUACAUGUGCAUGUUAAGGAGGAUGAACAGUGUCAGUGGUAAACUAACAGUGUAAGCUGUAAACCAUCAUAAGUAUUGACAUUAACUUAAUUUUUUAAUAUAGUUCAAUUUACCCAGAGCAGAUAAAGCUUGAUGAUAUUCUACAUCUUAAGGAUUGUUUCAAGUUUGUGUACGGUCCUCAAUUGGAACAAAACUUGGACACUGAAUUUGAUAAAAUGGUAUAAUAGCUAGCACACUAAUUCUUUAUAAUCUCAGAAAAUUCAUUUUAGAAUUAGUUCGAACAGUGUAUGAGUUAUGUCAUGUGUGUCAAGAUGCAUCAUCUGUCACUUGAUAGUGUAAAGCAGUGACAUCACUAUCUUUGGUCAUCACAGGGUGAAGUCUAAGAUGUUUUAGUUUCUGCAAAUUUGUCAAGAAAUCAAUGGGAGGUUGAGUUUCAUAAAACACAUACCAGACAUUGUAAUGUAUGCCUCUCAAUAUAUCAUUGAACUGUAAAAAAGGACUUAAACUUUAAUAUGUAGUAGUAAUCAUUUUGAAGUGCAGAAAUUUAUUUUCGUGUGAGAUUUUAUACUACAUUUUGUGUAGUCAAGAAUGUUGCUAAAAUCUUAACCCAAAGUGCAGGAAAUUACAUUUCAGAGACUUAAUAUUGCAUGCCUGUAGACCUUCUAUUUCCACUUUGGCAUUGCCACUGGUGUGAACAAUGAGCACUGUACUUUGUGUUUUAUAUACAGAGUCCAUUCACAAUUUCUGUAAUGCUCAAUCAUCUUGAAGCUAUGCAAGAACUAGAUUUUCUGUAAGUAUUUUCAACCUGUGGAUAAUACACCAAUUUUUACACAAGUCUUUGAAAUGCAUGUCCCAAAAUAUCAAUUGUUUAUAAUCUUCCAGGGCAGCAGAAAAGAGAGAACUCAAGUGCCAUCCCAGAAAAAGGAAGAAGGUACAAGGCUUGUGUUAUGCUGUGGCUUUUAGUGUUGAGAAUAGUCUUCUGGUACACGUUCCUCUUCACACAUGACGACGGCUAAGAAUACAUUGAAAUUCAUAAUAUUCAAGAAAAGAAAUGAAUAGUUUCUAAACGUUCACAUUUUUAUGUCUUGUAUACAACCCCUUCAUUUCAAGAUGCCGGAGAGGUGAUAUUCAGCAAAUUGGUUCAGCGCUAAAGUAUAAAAAUCAAAACGUAAAUACGUCUGCAUGAGCUUCAAGCAAUUGGCAUAUGUUUAUUUUGGUUGCAGUAUAGUAAUAGUAAUUUUGUAAUUUAAUUAAUUUGUAAAAAAAGGUAGAGUGCCUCGCAUGGGACUUCGAGUCCCGUUUGCACUCGUGCCGUUUGGUAUGUCUUGUUUCACUGUCCAAUAAAGUUUACCGGCAACAAUAAUAAUAAUCUUCUCAAACAUAAAACCUGAAUGAUAAUGCACGACAACUUCUCUUUACUAUCAUUCCCGUUCCCGUCCACCGUAUCUCUAUGAAGAAGAAACGCCUGAAAUUUUGGGCAAUCUUGAGUCUUUGUCACGUGACACAGAGUUCGUCAAAUCAAAAGUGAACUUGAAUGAAAUAAAUGUUUUGAUGUUAUCUUUUCCACCGGUAGGUUUUGGAAAAUGAGCCAACAGUUACUUCUGCACAACUCGCGAAAUGUAUCAAAAGCCUUAAAACAUGUGAAGAGUUUAAUAGGUAAAUAAAGAUACGUUCUUCUACUGUUUUACAAAAAGUUACACGUUAUUAAUGGCUUGCAUUCAACAUGAAAAAAAACCAACACCGCUAUACUGACGUUCAGACGAAAGUGUAAGGGCCUUCGCUCGAUACUUCGAGGUUCUUGUCAAAAUAUUUUUCAGUUUGAUGACUACUUUGAUCUUUAAUCCCUGGGUCCGGUUGUUCAAAGGUGGAUUAGCUCUAACCCUGGGUUAAAAGUUAACCUGCUGUCUUGCUUGUGUAUCCAUUGCACGUCUGUUUAUCUCAGAAAUUCGGAAAAUAAAAUUUCCCUUCAUCCAAACAAGAUUUCUGAAGAAAUAUUUCCAAAUUUAUAAACAAGCUGUUGUGAAGUUUGCUUUGAAACUUAAGUUAACCUAGGGUUAAGCUGAUCGUGUUUCGAACAACCGCCCCCUCGAGUAUAUUGUUCAUCACUGGCCUAGGGUACACACUGGAUGAUUUUAACAACCUUGAACUUCGGUGCUUGUCUGAUUCUUACAUUUAUCUUUUCCAGAGUUGGUCAAUGUCCUCCUAACGUUGUUAAGACAUACUGUGAGGUUACAAAAGUUGAAUGUAAUAACGCUUCAGUGUACCUUGCAGGUUUGUCAGCAUUGAGUGUUCGUUAUAUGAGUACUGUAUGUACGCAUUUGUUCAAUUGAGCAGUGUAUAUUUUAAACGUUUUACAGUGAAGGGUGUAACCAAGAUUAGUGCCCAUUGUGUGGGCUCCCCAGAGUAAGAUUUAGGUAACUCGGGGUAAGGUUAGGGAGAAGUCAAAUGAAAAAAAAAACCAUUUGACCCUGGAGAGUCAAAUGCCCCCCCAGUAUAUAUGUUAAAAUAUGCGUUGUGUUCAAGUAACUCUCUGCCAUAUGUUUAAGUACUUUUUUGGAAACGGCGUUAAUUAGAGAAAUGUGUUUAUUGGAUAGAAGUCGUGUAUUAGAAUAUGGCACGUUCUUCUGCAUCAAUAAUUGCGGGAACCACUCAGUACUUUACGAAAAUGCAAAAUAAUAUUUUUAAUCGACGUUUCGACUAGUUUGUAGUCAUCCUCAAGAAUAAUAAUUUAUUAAUCCUGAAGAUGACUAUACAAACUAGUCGAAACGUCGAUUAAAAAUCAAAAUGUUAUUCUGAGUUCCUGACUUACUGUUAUUUUGUAUUUUCUUCUUCAUGUGCAGUAAAAAGAUGAAAACGUUAAUUCUUGAUGUGUUUUUCAGGUCGUUAUAACAAAUACUCACGCGUGUUAUCGCAGUCACCGUGGAUAAUCGAUGGCGAGCGAAUGACAGAAAAUUCAGUAGAGGUAGAAACAGUGCUAUUUUACUUUGAAACGAACAGUAGAUAUUCUUGUACACCAUUUCCAGUACAACGUGGCUAUUCGUACUGCAUGGGACUGUACGUAGUCGUUCAUAUGGAAUUCAUAGUGGAGUCAGAAUAUUCCUUCCAGUUUUCGUGCCAAUUCUAUUUUAACUGAUUUUUAUGAUCCUACCUUUAUUAAGAUACACCUAGCGAUUCUUAUAAGGGCUGUUUUUCAAUCUACAGACUCUCAAAUUAAUACAUUUGCUCGAUACUUACAAGUUUUUUUCAUAUUUGCACGAUUGUAGUUCAUGCGAGAAGAACACGCGCGACGUUUCCAGUAAUCGUUUUCCUUUGACUCUAGGAAUGGAUAUCGUUGGAAAUAAAGAAAGUUUUCCUACCUGACGGUUAGUGGCUUGCGGGCAUAGCUGGACUUUGAAAUUCACGUGACACGUUGUUUGCUGUCGAACUGAUCGUGUUAACUGGCAGUGGCGGCGGAACAGUUGUUUUGUUGUUUGUUUGUUGUUUUGUUGGUUUGUUUUGUGGUUUUUUUUUGGAGGGGAGGGUAAAAACACUAACCCCCCUUUUAUUUUUGGGGGCUAAGCUCCCCUAGCCCCCCCCCGUUCCGCCGCCACUGUUAACUGGUCUAAAAAUUGAACUAAAAUUUCUCUUUUCAGAUACAAAGUUUUCUUCAGCAGGUCGAGAAGAUGUCGAUGUACGCAUGCUCGGUAACGGUAAGCAAGUUUGAACACUCGCCUCGUGUUUUAUAUCUGAUAAAGCACUCCUGCUGGUUUGAACACUAUCAUGUUGGGUAGUAUUGGCUGGUACUGAUCGAUUUUGACUUUGUUUAAAAUUUUCAUUCAACAUUAUCCAACAUUGCAUUGUUGGACAGACAAUGUUUGGACGAUGUUAGACUCGUCUGAACGGGGCUUAUUAAGAAUAAACGAUGUUGUGCAAGAUUUGAACGAAUGAUUUGUUAAUUCAAACGUAAAGACGAAGUUUUAAACUUUCAUGCAGGACGACCAUUCAUCUUGGAACUGAUCAAUCCGCGUAAAGUAGCGCAAACUGUUGAACAAAUAAAAGAACUGCAGGCGCGGGUGAACUCAUCGACAGAAGAUAUAAAGAUUAGAGAUUUACAAAAGAUUACAAGGUUAACACAUGUUGAAUGAUGAAUAUCAAGGCCAAUUUAUACUACGCGACCUUUGCCUAAAACUGUCGCAUGCAACCUGCUUACAACUUGAGUUGUACUGUGUAAAUCAAGCACACAACUCAUAUACGACAACGUAGUCGAGUUGUGUGUUUGAUUUACACAGUGCAACUCAAGUUGUAAGCAGGUUGCAUGCGACAGUUUUAGGCAAAAGUUGUGUAGUGUAAAUGGGCUUUUAAAGAUUUCUUCUUAUGAUCUUAGGUAGCACUAGACUAACACAUAGCCUUGAGCGCACACAUUGUGAAAUUUUUUAGUAGUGUUUUAAGAAUUAUAUUUUUGUCUGCCAGGGAGGAUUGUUCAAAGUUGAAAGAAGCAGAAAACAGCAAAACAAAGACAUACAGGUAUCGUUUUCUUAGAUUUUUAUAUUUGAACGUCAUGGCGUGGUCACGGUCUAGUAACGAACAAUUUUUCUUGCGCUUUUUACCGUAUCUAUAGUGCCUUAGUGUACGUUCCUGAAGGAAUCAGCGAAGACGAAUUGGUGCCAUUGAAUCAUUCUAAAGUGAGUGAGAUACUUUAUUGUUUAAUAAGCAAUCACCUCUCCUGCCGACCCUCAUCACCGGCAUCAAGGCAAUUCAUUUUUUAUUUGCAUGUAUCGCUGUAAAUGGCAGACUGAAGUUUAUUGUUAUAUUAACCUAUUCUUUUUAAGGAAAUUACACUUGAUCAAAAAACACCAAUGAGAGUCUUGCACAGGUAAUAUAUCAUGUAUUUAGAAAAGUAAUUUGAAAUUUGGUUAUUCAAUAUACAUAAGUCUAGUAGAACUUGCAUUGUUCCUAAACCUUGUACCCAGAGAAGUAGGAGCGUAGAGGAGUGAGUCUGGGUACGAGCUUGGUCGUUAGUUUAUUUUUUGUACUCUCUUGUCCCUAGACGUCCCUUGGCAGUUCGUCAGCGGAAGAUUUUAUCCAUGUCUACAGAAUACAUCGACAACAACCAUUUUACACUUCGGUUAUGUAGCGAGGCUGGCACGUAUCCUUCUUAAAUUAAGUAAAACUGGCUUGUAUUCUUUGUAUAUUGCGUGUAUUUAAAUCAUGUAUUCCGUAUUACACUGUAAAGUGUUUUCCAGCAUCCUCAUUUUCUCACCAAUGCAUGGUCUUAGUGUCUCAAUGGGGUAACGCAAGUCACAGUUGCCAGAGUCAGAGCGCUCGACCACAGAGUAUAGACUAUACAGACGUUCGACUGUUAAAGAAUAUUAUUGAGCGUGGGGGGAGGGUGAGGGUGAAAAAUGUUACGCAGACUUUAAAGGCGCCGACAAGAAGUCGGACUUCUGGAUUUUCUAUACUCUGUGGUUCAACUUCGGGUUUAAUUCCCAGUUGGGAGAAAUAAUUUUAUCAGUGAUAUUCAACUUUACAGCACAAUUAAUUUCGCUUGAGCCAAUUUUGUACAAGACGUUGGUCCACAUAGUUCAACUUCAACUUCAACGACACUGAGAAAGCACGAAAGAAACCAAAAUCUAUUUACAAGAGAAAGUGUUGGUUGACCAACGUAAACUUUUUCACAUUUAAAAUUUUUCGUUAACCACAAAACGUAGAUACAUAAAGGAAUUUGUCCACGGAGAUUUUGGAAGGACACAACCAAACUUGUCAACCAUAAUGAAGAAAGAAACAGAUAUACUAGAGCUCGAUGUGGCGGUAUGUCAAGAAUGAAUUUUGAGAAUAUAGAUUCGCUGUUUGUGAAUGCUGACCCUAAUACUUACCACAGAAUGGAGACUUACAGAAGUCCGAGUUCGUAUCGGCACCUUUGAUGGCGGAUUAUUAGAAAAGUGAGGGAAACAAAAAAAAAUCGUGUAAAAAGGGAAAGAAAAGAAAAAUACCUCCUCAAAGGAAUUUUAGCAAAAGCAGACGGUCGAAAAAAAUUCGUGCAAGCUGAAAAUCCCCCCUCGACCCCCAUCAUUUUUUAAUGGUCCACCCCUAAGUAGAGAUCGUCAGUCGUCACCCCCGUGAAAACAUUGAAAAUGGCAUGCUUGGCUUAGACGUUCAGGGGGGGACAAGUGUCUCGACCACUUGGUGGCGGUUACGGUUUUUUGCUGAGUUGCACCUCUGUGUUGUAUAUACUCUGUGUAACCUAACCCUGUUCCUAACUCACAAACAGCGCGGCUCUUGAAUUUUGAGGAUAGAGUUCGGUACAGUAUCAUGAUUUAAAUAUUUUAUAUUUCUAGUCCGUGGAUGUAGAUUGGCCUCCAUAUCUUGACACAUAA